UAAGGAGUAAUAAUAAAUGGGAGCAAUGAGACAAAUUGACACGUUGUUUAUAAGUGUAAGCAAAUUGUCAACGCUUCGUUUGUCCAUUUAUAAAAAACCUAACCACCACUUCGUCUUCCUUCCUAAAUCAUUCAUCAAACUCCAUUUCACUUUCACUAUGAAGCUUGUCUGGUCGCCAGAAACUGCUUCUGACGCAUACAUCGACACCGUCAAAUCGUGUAAGAGCUACAAGGAAUCAGGAGUGGCGGAGUUUUUAUCUGCUACGGCGGCUGGAUGGAACGCGAGACUAAUCGUUGAGACAUGGUCACGCGGCGAUCCUAUCUCCACUAGCGUUGGACUCGCGGUUGCUGCGACUCACACGUGCGGAAGACACGUUUGUAUAGUUCCUGACGAGCAAUCUAAACUUGAGUACGUCUUGGCUAUGAGAGGAGCUGUUACGACGGAUGUCACGGAGGUUUUGGUGGCAGGAGAAUCAGUGGAAAACGCGGUGGAGGAGUUUCCCGGCGUUGAUUUCAUGGUUGUGGACUCGAAGCGGCGAGAGUUCGUCAGAACGCUGAGGUUUGCGAAGCUAAGCAGCAAAGGUGCCGUUUUGGUGUGUAAAAACGCCACGCAGAGAGCGAUCUCUGGGUUUAAAUGGCACGAUGUGUUGAAAGGAGGGACACGUGUGGUGAGAUCCGUGUUUUUGCCGGUUGGUCGAGGCUUGGAUAUCGCACACGUGGGUGCUACUGGUGGCCACCAGCGUGGUGACUCGAGGAAGAUUCCUAGUCGUUGGAUCAGACACGUGGAUCAUCAGUCUGGAGAAGAGCAUUUGUUCAGACGCUAGUUUUCGAAAUUUCCUCUUUUAUCCUUUUGCUGCACUUCAUUUUGUAGAGUCAUAAAUGCUGUACAUACGUUACAAAACUUGAAGAAUAAUUUUCCAUAAUCAA